GUAUCUCGGGACCUGAAGGUGUGUCUCUGCCUUUAUAAAUACCACGCUGCUUUUACAACUAGCUCUGAUUCUUUUGAAAGAAACUAGUUGCAUCAGGAGUCGCGUUUGGACAUCUCCAAGCCCUCUGCAAGGCAGAUAACAAGCAAAACAGAGACCAUGAGGAUCAAAAGCUUUGGACUUCUUUGUGCGUUGAUUCUGGUCUCCCAGAUACUACUGGCCAACUGUGAAAGACAGAAGGAAAGAAAAAAGGGAAGACAAGGCAUAGAAAACCACAGAAAAAACCAAACUGAAUCUAACCAAGAAAAUGAAAAAGGGCAGAAGUCAAAAGGAGGAAAAUCAUCUCCUAAAGGCAAGUUUAAAACCAAAGAAAAUGCUGAGUGCACCUGGGGCGUGACCCUCAUGAAUGCUGCUACUAUGCACGUAGAGUGCAAGCAUGGUGACAGCGAGUUCUGGUGCGAAUUCUCUGGAGACCCUUCCACCUGUCCACAAUAUGCAGCAAACCAGAAAUCCUACUGGAAACAAGUCUCCCGAUCCCUAAAGAAGCAGAAACAGAUAUGUCAAGACCCUAAAAGCAUCCUAAAAUCUAAAGUAUGCAGGAAAGGCCCACGAAGCGCUCACCUCAAGUUGACCCGCUCAAGCCUACUGACAUCAGUGGGGCCUGUGAAAGGGAUCACAAUUCAUCAUGCAACAGAAGUUGUUCAGACUCCAGCAGCUGCCUCUGUGACUGAAAAAAAGCUAGAACACAGUCCUCAAGACUGUGUUGAAGACAUAGAUUAUAUUGAUCAGAAAAAGGUGGCUGAGGAAUACUGUCCAGAAAGCUUGCUUUCUUUCUGCAACUUUUUUAUUGCAAUGGUGCAAGACAAAAAAUGCUGA